AUGAUACAGGGAGGAGCAGAGGACAUCAUUCGUACCAAUGACAACAAUACAGACCAUGCACAGGAGGAGUUGAGGAAGAUAUUGAAAGAACACAAUUACAACAUGAUUGAAGAUCUGCUCAGUGACCUCGAGAAAAUGCUGCCGCCCGACCAAAAGAAGCAUUACCAGGACAUGAUAGACGAAUACAAGAAGUGGACUGACGAGACCAAAAGGUUUUCGAGUUGA